AUUUUUAUUUUUUUUCCUUUGUAAACCGCUCUAUAAAUCCAAUUUAUUGUUCUUUUUAUUACUAUUAUUAUCAGCAGUAGUAAUAAUACCUUAUUUGACUGUUUCGCGCAGCGUUCAGUUCGCGUAUUUUGUCCCACGCAGACUCCCGUACCAAAACAAGGGAGUAGCAACUUCUGCUAUCAGGAUGAAUGAUGUAGAACCAGACAAAAAAUACAUAAAAUCUACAUCUAUCUCGGUAACUAGCUGCAGGAUAACUUCGUAAAUCCCACAGUUGUUUCCUAGCAUAGUUAAAAUGUAUUCGAAUUUGAACGUUAUUGUUUUAUUUCCGUAAAAUAGCCAUGUUUUUACUGCUAACGAGGCUAGCUAGCUAGCAGCGGUGCUAACGUGAAUGACAGGGAUUGAAAUGGUGCAGAACAUGUUUCGGACCGGGUUUCUUGUUCGGGCCACGCACACACUGCUCACCUGGGUCAUCACCCUCGUACUGUUCCUGCACAACACAGAUUUGCGGAAGUGUGAGGAGCGAGGGGAGCUGCUGCUGCCCAUUCUGUUCUUCCUCGUGGUCGUGCUGUCGGUGCUCUUAUACUUUGCUGUUUCUUUAAUGGACCCUGGCUUUGUUCUAACUGACAAUGUCAAGGGUUCAGAUGAAGAAAUGGAGUCGAUGAUUCCUCAGUCCUCAACCCCUCGGCUGCGUCGCUGUGGAUACUGCCUGCUGCAGCAGCAGCCAAUGAGAGCGAAGCACUGUCAGACGUGUAAGCGCUGCGUUCGUCGCUUCGACCACCACUGUCCCUGGAUCGAGAACUGCGUGGGAGAGAGGAACCAUCGUUGGUUCAUCGUCUACCUGCUAGUGCAGCUGCUCGCUCUGCUCUGGGCGCUUCACAUCACUCUGUCUGGCAUCUCGCCCAGCAUCACAUGGGAGCUGUGGUUCAGAGCGAACGGGUUCCUGCUGGCGGCGCUGGCCUUCGUCAGUAUCUUCUCCAUGGUGGUGCUGCUGCUGCUGGGCUGCCACCUCUACCUGGUCUCCAUCAACUGCACCACCUGGGAGUUCAUGUCGCGUCACAGGAUCUCGUACCUGAAGAACUGCGGAGACGAGGAGAACCCGUUUGACCGUGGUGUCCUCUGCAACCUGUGGGAUUUCUUCUGCAUCUGCAGGACGGUGGUGUGGGAGCAGACGUACAACGACAGAAGCACCACGAAUUCUGUCUGACCUACAACCAGACGCCACGUCGCUACCUACACCUGAGUCAGACGCUUCUUUCAGGGAGAGAGAAUAAUUUUCUUAACCUCAAUAGCAGAGAUUUUUUUUAAUUUCCUUUUUGGGUAAAAGUUUACAACUGAAUUGAACCACAAAAUGUUUCCUAACUACCUGCUAAAGUUCACAUACAGUGCUAACAAGGCAUUAAGCAAAUCACUGAGCUGGUUUAAGCCUAAGCUUUGUUUAUACCAGCGCAAGACACCAUGGCGUGGGCCUCGGUAGAUGACAUGCAAGCUAUGAGCAUGCACUGAGGUGUUAAAGCUCAAUGUGCUGUUGGCUGCAAUAUGCUCCAAAACACUGGGUGACACACAAACAAAAUAUUCUGUAGAUAAGCAAGAAGUCUUAACAGCGAUCUCAUGUGCCUCCACACCCUGCAGUAAAAUGUCUUUCCCAGGUGUGUUGGCUGUUUCCAAAAACAUAAAGCCAUUAGAUGACUGUCCCUGUGUUCUCUCAGUGAAGAGUUGUUAUUAGAGAUCAGUAGAGAUGUCAGUACAGGCCAAUCUGCUUGGUCAGUCUUCCCUUGAAAGUGCUUCUGUGGAACUGAAAAGCGAGGUGGGCACCUAGUAACAGAAACUCAGAGGUGCAUGACCAAGCAUCGUAACAACUUUUUAAGCCCUUGUGGUCGAUGCACAAAGGGUGAUUAUGUCAUUUUCUGGCAUGCAAAGGUCGCACCCGGGACACUAAGGUGAGUAUGAAACACAAAACAAAAACACCCCGUCUGUUUUUCAGUCAGUUCACCACUUGACUGAAAUAACUCAAAAACUUUUAGAUGGGCUGCCAUUAAAUUUUGCAAUUUGUUCAUGUUCCUCAAAGGAAGAAUCCUUUUUAGGAUCUUAAUGUAGGGCUGUCCCCAAAUCAGGAUUUUUCAAAGUCAACUCACUUCAGAGUGAGUCGAGCCUGCACUGGAAGUUCUUUUUCAGAGUCGAUGCGUUGCUUAAAAGACAAAUAUUUUAAUUUAUAGACAUAUUUAAAGAUAAAUUUUUCUUUGUGAGGAUAUUUUUACCUUCGUUGGACAAUUUGACAGUGAUGAGGUAGACAGGAAAUGGUAGAAAAAGACUGGGCCAUGACAUGCAACAAAGGUAAUAGUAACUGGACUGAACCGGCGACAUUGCAGUUAUGCGACACACCCAAACCACUUAGCUACCAAGGCUCUCUGCAUAUGUUUGUUAUUGUAAACAUUAUUACUGCUGUUUUGUUUUCGCUUUCAGUAUAGUACCUUUGGAACCCCCAUCAGACAUGGUACCUAGACCCUAGUGUUUCCACCACAAACAGUCCUCUGA